CAUCUAUCAGACGUGCAAGCUCAAUCAUGAGUAAUACUGUCGAACUUCUCUGAACCAUAUCGUGCAGUGUUCAACACAAUCAUAGUGAAAGUAAUAAUGGAAUCCAAUGCAACAAGCGAUAGCAUCAUCUGUGCGUAGCUAGGGUGCUGGCGACCGUCCGUGGCCGGUAGACCGAACGGCAUCCUACUCGACAGUGCGCAUCCAGCUCGCAUCAAUUGAGUCAUUUGACUGGAGCCUACAAUUUGUUAAAAUUAAUCACGGAUAUGUGCAAAAAUGGAUGGAAACGCAUAUAAUUUUAACUAUGCCAAUGCUAAUGGUGGGAGUGGAUUGGCUAAUAAUAGUGCAGUAAACAAUGCAGUGAAAUUUCUACGGGAUACAACAGAGCUGUUUGAGGUUGAUUCUAUAGAAGAUGACAUUCCUGCGACAUCGAGAAAACAUCGGACACCCAACGGUUCACCCUUCAACAGCAUGCCUCAGUCUUUACCAUCUCAUACUUGGAAAAAAUAUAGCAGUGGUUUGGAUGAAUUUCUGCUUCCGAAUGACAAUGAUUUCAGCCUUGAUUUAAGUGAUAGAGUGGCUGCAUUAGAAAGGACAGUACGCGAUCAGCUAGAUGAAAUAACUUGUCUUAAAACUGCCUUGGCAGACGUCGUCAGAAGAUUAGCGGCAGUUGAACAUUCAACUAAAAAUAACACGAGAGCAAAAUCAUCAACAACUAAGCAGCCUGCUUCUCAAAGUUCAAGGAUGCCACAAGGCCCAUUCAAAGUCAGAGAUGUACCAGGUUUAUUCAACUCAUCGCCCCUUCCAUCAAGACCUCCUGUACCAAGCAACGACAGACAUAGAAUAAAGAGGCCUUCAACACCAGAACCAAAGAGAAGAACUGCAUCAUUUGGAAACUCUGAUAAACAAAGAUUAAAGAGAUGGGGUUCAAAUGAUAGUGACACAUUCUUGCCAGAGUCUGCCUUUCAAUACGGUUCCCUUGCAGGUUCAUCAAGGAGAAGUGCCUCCCUGACGAAUCUAUCACCUAGGGACAGAAGAGGAUCCUCUGGUUCUACCUCUGGAGGAUUCCAAAAGGAGCCGCAGCAUAAUGCUGCGUCCCAUUCUACAUAUAACCAGGAGGAAGGCUACGUUCGCAUCUACCUAAGAGGGCGCCCUGUAACCAACUAUCUUCCAUCAGACGUUGAGGAUUAUGAUAUCAAUGCCAAGCACCCUGCACCAACUGAGAAACUCAAACUUGACUGGGUAUAUGGGUACCGUGGUCGAGACUGCCGUUGUAAUCUCUACCUCCUUCCAACUGGCGAGAUCGUCUACUUCAUGGCAGCGGUCGUCAUCCUCUAUAAUGUAGAAGAACAGAAUCAGAGGCACUACAUGGGUCAUAAUGAUGAUGUCAAAAGCAUUGCAGUGCAUCCAGACAGUGUUACCAUAGCAACAGGUCAGGUAGCAGGUCAUGAUGCUGCUGAGGGAAAGCCCCAUGUGAGGAUUUGGAGUUCUAUCACCUUGGAAACCCUUCAUGUUAUUGGUCUUGGAUUCUUUGAUAGGGCAGUAUGCUCACUCAGUUUCUCUAAAGUGAAUGUAGGUGUUAAUCUUGCAGCUGUUGAUGAAUCUAAUGAACAUGUUCUCUCAUUGUGGGACUGGAAGAAAGAGAAGAAAAUCUGUGAUACAAAGAGUUCUCAAGACCCAGUCUUAGCCUGUGAGUUCCAUCCUAUGAAUGAUGAACAGAUCAUCACACUUGGUAAAGGUCACAUUCAUUUCUGGAACACUGCUGGUGGAAAACUGGUCAAGAAAUCCGGUAUCUUUGAGAAAUAUGAUAAGCCCAAGUUCAUGUUGAGUCUUGCAUUCACUGGUAAUGGUGAUGUUAUCACAGGAGACUCUAAUGGAAAUAUGUACAUCUGGGGAAAGGGUAAUACACGUAUCUCCCAGGCUGUUCUUGGAGCCCAUGAGGGUGGCAUAUUCUCUCUAUGUGUGAUGAAUGAUGGUCAGAUUCUCUCUGGAGGAGGGAAAGACAAGAAGGUUGUUCUAUGGACUGCAGACUAUCAACAAAGUGAAACCACUCAGGUCCCUGAGGCUACAGGACCAGUGAGAACACUGUGUAAAGGUAAAGGGGAGAACUUCUAUGUAGGAACAACCAGGAAUGCUAUCCUCAGCGGGGAUAUGGGAGGAGACUUCACCACUCUGGUCCAGGCCCAUACGGAAGAGCUGUGGGGUCUAGCCAUACAUCCAACACAGGGUAUGUUCUUGACAUGUGGAUAUGAUAAGAAUGUCAUCUUGUGGGACUUUGAACAACACACACAAAGAUGGAACAAAUUCAUGGAGGAUGGAUGUCAAUCAGCUGGGUUUCAUCCCUCUGGUGAAGUGGUUGCCAUAGGAAUGACCAGUGGACGAUGGGUAGCCCUAGACGUUGAGAGCGGUGAUCUCUAUACAGUACAUACUGACGGCAAGGAACAACAUGACAUCAUCAGAUAUUCACCCAAUGGAGAAUAUCUUGCAGUAGCUUCUCAUGACAACUACAUCUAUAUUUAUUCAGUGAAAGAAACAGGCCGAAAGUACUCCAAAGUUGGAAGAUGUUCCGGUCAUUCUAGCUUUGUAACUCACAUUGACUGGUCAGCUGAUUCCACCAAACUUCAGUCUAAUUCCGGUGACUAUGAGCUACUCUUCUGGGAUGCAGAAACCUGCAAACAGAUUGUUGGCAGCAAAGAAACAAGAGAUAUUGAAUGGGCAACAUUCACUGGUGUCCUUGGAUAUCCUGUCUGUGGUAUCUGGCCUGAAGGUAGUGAUGGUACAGAUGUCAAUACCACAGCACGAUCAGGAAAUGGUAAUAUCUUAGCUACUGGGGAUGACUUUGGAAAGAUCAGUCUCUUCAGAUAUCCUGUCAACCAUCCAAAGGCUGACUGCAAUUCAUUCAAAGGUCACAGCAGUCAUGUUACCAGUGUUGCAUUCAAUGAGGAUUCAACUAAACUCAUCUCUACAGGCGGACGUGACAUGUCAUGCAUGCAGUGGAGUGUUGUCUAACAUCAACUACCGUUUGUCUCUAGAUAUAUUCAUCUAAAAGUUCCCAUAUGGUAUCUCACGUAACUUAUAUUCAUUGUUCCUCCACUGUUCUCUUCCAGCAUGCCUGAUAUGGGUUUUGCUUCAUUCAUACGACGGUAGGAAUUCUAUCAGAGCGAUUGAAGUUGUAAGGUAGUAGGGAGUUGCACAGAUUUGAUAAUUAUACUAUUUAAGUUUACUGGAAACAGAAUGAGACAUGUUGACUGUGAGUAAUUACAAGAAAGUCUUCAAGAUAUAAACAUUGUACUUAGGGCACUGUUUGUCUUUCACUGAAAUGCUUCACAAAACAAGUCAUCAAAGGAAUACAUUUAUAUCAAAGCCGCCUCAAUUGUUUUUUAUAUCUUCAGAAAUUCUAUAUAUUUAUGUGUUUGAUCGAAGUAUACCACAUUUGGGAAUGUUUUUACAAUCAUGAAUACAAUCAAGUUUCUUUGUAUUUAUUAAUGAAUAUAAAUAGCAGUAGUUAUUUUUGUUUGUUGGUUCUCAUUAAUGUUAUAUGCAUUGCUUCCUGGCUUCAGUGAGGUGGGAUCCUAAACCCAAAUGGGAAAGUAAACUUGCCAUAAGAAGAAAAAAGGAUAAUAGUAGUUAUAGAGAGUAUGCAUUGGCAUUGCUGAAAGUGUUCAUUGGGUGUACAUGAUUUUACCUAUUUUCUUUUUCAAAAAGAUAUGGGGAAAGUAAUGAAAGAAUGUACUUGUUAUAUUGCAGUUAGCUAUUUCAUGCUAAGGCUAUAUAUUUAGGUAAACAGUUUACAGUCCAGCUGCCGACAUAUCGUUUGAUUUUUAUUUCUCAGCUAAAAUUGUGUUUUGUCCAGUCAGAUUGAAAGUGGAGGUAAACAAAUACUCUGUUGUAAUUAAUUCUUUAAAAGUAUUGGAAUUGCUUCCUAUUAUAUUAAUUAUUUCUCUUUGUACUUAUCAAACCUCUACAGAUUAGAAACAAUUAGGUUGAUCAAUAUUUCCAAGAUGUAAUAUAUGGGUGUAUGACUCCAAUGUAUUGAUUGGAAUGGAAUCAUUCAUAAAUGUUUGAGAGUAAAUACUGAAAAGAAUAUAUAUUUGUUUGAAGUGAUUUCACAGAGAUGAAAUAUAUCAGAAUUUGAUUAAAUGUUUGAGAGUAAAUACUGAAAAGAAUAUAUAUUUGGUUGAAGUGAUUUCACAGAGAUGAAAUAUAUCAGAAUUUGAUUAACAAGUGCUAUAGUGUGCAGUUUGUUGAAGUGUUUACACAAUCUAUAUUUCUCUUGCAAUUGACCAAUAUCCCAUUCAAAUCACAAGUAAAUAUGGAAGCAAUUCUGAAUAAUUUACAAUCAUUUCCCUUAAAGUUUCCCCUCAUAUUUUUUGACAAUACUGUGUGGUUUGUUUAACCGAUUGAUGACUAUGCAUACAGACAUUGUUAAACACACCCACUAUUAGCCAAUCAGAAAUACAAUGUUUUGCAAGUCUUUGUGAUUCAAAGCCUUGGUUAUGUCAAUCAUUGGGUUAAGACAUACCAUUGAGACAAUCUUUUACAUAAAAACUGGUUAAUCCAAUCAAUUUACAAUCUGUAAUUGGAAAUAUAAGAAUGUAUGGUCUAGCUAUAAAAGGAAAUAAUUUUUAAUUCCAGGUUUUGUUGUGUACUGUAAUAAAUUUAAGGUGGUUAUAGAGCUAUCAUGUGGUUUGUGUCUACCACUUGUUACAGGGAGGUUCUAUGUGACAAGGAUAGGCUUUCUCCAUGUACAAUCUUGUUUGGAUAUUGAUAUAGUCUUCUCCAACAAUCUGACAAAAUGUGUAAGGAAACGUAUUUGUAGAUAUGUAAAGUAAUAGAGAAAUAAGAAAACAUGGUGGUUGAAUUUGUAUGGCAAAGGAGUAUAGUUUUCUGUAUAGUCAUUUGAUGAAUGAAAUUCAAGUCCUUGAAGCAUCAAGGAAUUAUAUUAUAUUGGGACGCAUGCACAGUUCAUUUUGUAUUUUUAUGGCAAAGAAAAAAUAUAUAGGCCCAGAUAACUGGCCGAAACAUGUAAUGUUCUUCUUAAAUACAAUCAUGACUUGAUCUCUUUCUAAGAAAUAUUCAUGUUAAAAUUUUCACUCUAUGAUAAAUGAUGAUAAUGAUGAUACAAAUUAAACUUGAAGUUUGAUAAG